AUGUAUAGCUAUCUACAGGAUAAUAAACUUUUGUCGCCAUUUCAGUUUGGUUUUAGGCCCAAAAGCUCGACUGAGAUUGCCCUCGUCGACUUCACUGACUCAAUUCUGGAAAACAUGGACAGAGGACUUUUCACAGGGGUAGUUUCAAUUGAUUUAACGAGAGCUUUUGACACCGUCGAUCACGGAAUUCUGUAUGAUAAACUGAAACGCGCCGCCUUUGCUGACACAUCCGUAAACUGGCUUGAAUCAUAUCUUACAAACAGAACUCAAGUAACUGCAGUUGGAAAUAUUUACUCGUCUGCUAAAUCUGUACACAUUGCAGUACCUCAGGGAAGUGUGUUGGGUUCGUUAAUAUUUAUCAUCUAUGUUAACGACCUGCCUUCAUGUAUAAAACACUGUAACGUAUCUCUUUAUGCUGAUGACACGGUUAUUUAUUUUUCUUCUUCUGAUGUAUCAGUAGUUGAGGAUAAACUAAAUUCCGAUCUAGCAAGUUUAAGCCGGUGGCUCAACAAAAACCUCCUAACAUUGAAUGAAACUAAAUGUAAAUUUGUUAUAUUUGGGAGUAAUCAAAAACUGGCAAAGAUAAAAAAAUUUCCUUGCAAAUAAACGGAUGUCAAAUUCAUGAUGAAGAUUCGUUUAAAUAUCUGGGUGUUAUUAUGCACAAGAACAUGACUUGGUUGGAUCAUAUUGACCAGCUAAAUGUGAAAGUUUGUCAACGAUUCGGAGCUCUACGACGAGUAUAACAUCUACUUCCCCGCGACGCAAGAAUAACCUUAUAUAACAGUCUAAUUCUACCUCUGUUUGAUUACGCGGACGUUGUAUGGGGUGACAAAAAUAAUGCUCUUUUGAUGAACCAACUUCAAGCACUUCAAAAUAAUGCAGCUCGUACCAUAUUAGAUUUACCAAAGUAUGCAUCAGCAACUCAGGCUAUUAAUCAGCUGACAUGGAAACCUCUAGUCUCUCGCCGCUGUUCUCAUCGUUAAUUUUAAUCAUGACUUUCGAAAGAAUGGCGACCAUGGUUAUAACACCAGAGGUUCUAAGAAAAUCCGUGUGCCUAAAUCAAAGACAAACUGGGGGCUUGCAGAGAUUCGUUGUGCAUGCAGUAAAUGACUGGAAUAGUGUGCCGGAACACAUCAAACAGGCUGAAACACUAACACGUUUUAAAAGCCUUUUAGCAACAAAUUUUUAGACUUUCAUAGAUUAAUGGUUUUGGAAUGCUCUUUAUGUAUAUUCUAUUACAGUAUACUUAUUUCUAACUUUUUAGCUUUUUAAUCUAACCUCUACUAACUUUUAUUAACUUUAUGGACAAUUUAUUAUUUAUGUAAUAGUUUUAUCAGGGCCCUACUGAAAAUCGCACUGCGAGUUAGGCCCCCUGUCAAAAUAUUAUGAUAAUAAUAAUAAUAAUAACCUCACCCCAUAUAUACUUCAUAAGCACUUUCUCGGUGUGAGAACAAACGAAAGCUUAAACACUAGUCUGACCUUGAUCAUUAUUUAAAUUCUAACUGAUUUACGGUUGUUCUUACACCGAGCUAGUGAGUGAACUUUACUGAACUAAACUAAACUAAACUAAAUACUUAGUACUUAUAUUACGAACAUUUUCUUCACAAAACUAAUUAAAAAAUAUUAGCUACGGUUAUUAGGAAGUUUGUAUGGUUUUGACUUGAUACUAUAUAAGUUAUUUAAACGAGUUUUAAAGGAACAUAAACUACUGGAUUUCUUAAUUUCAGUUGGUAGGCUGUUCCAAAGUUUUGCUGAUCUAAUAAAGUAAGAGUUUUGAAAGUAUUCCUGAUCUGCAAAUGAGCUGUAUAUGUAAAUACAUAACGCCUUGGAUCAAUGGACAAAAUACUAGUGUUAGAAUUAGCUGUAAUUUCAAGAGUCAAUCCAUAAAAGUAAAUAGCUUUUAACAACAGUAUCAUGUUCAAUCUAGGUCAUUGGUAUUGUUUAAUAUAUGACGGCCUGCAUGUCAUUCAAUGAUAAUACAAUCAUAAUAGGAAUAGUACAUUUUUCCAAUUGUCUGAGGUCCUAACCCAUCUGGUUCCCUGCAAACAACAUCUGGCACGAUCUUAAGACCUUGAAUAGAUUAUCUAAUUUAAUAUUAUAACAGUCAUAUACAAGUAUUAUAAUAAGGCACGAGUCAAUGUAAACCCCGACCCCCCCCCCCACCCUGGGCCAAGGUGGGGGUUAAUAGGGGAUUGGUAGGGGUUUAGAUCAGGAAACACUCCCAAGAGUGUGGGGGAUUUGAAGCUUUUAGAAUUUAUUUAUCUACCGGGUAUGGGAUUGGGUAGGUAUUAGUAAUGAGCCAGUUGUCGAUUUUCGGCAGUUGUUCAUCUCAAGUGGCGCGUUUUAUCAUCUAGCGCUUAUUAUCUUUGCUUCGUGUGCUUUUGUGGGUUAGCACUUUUUUCCAUCUAGCAAACCGCCCUAUCGAUUUUCUAAAGUCGUAUCUUUUUGGAUUUUUUUAUUAAUUCGGUUAGGGUUAGGGUUAGGGUUAGGGUUAAGGUUAGAGUAAGGGCCCAGGGAUUAGGCUUAGGGUCGGGGUAGGGUUUGUUACAUAGCCAUUUAACACCUCUUCUAUCUUCCGAAAAUAACGUCAGGUCAGUUUGCUGGAUGGGAAAUAGUGCUAACUGCUUUUGAGCUUUUCAACAUUUACAGGUAUGUAGAUUUUAUUUAAAUCGCCAAAUUUGUAAUGCAGAUUUUGUCCAUCUGUUCUUUAAAAUAUAAACCAUGAGGAUAAGGAAUAUCUUACUGUAGAUAAAUUAUAAAUUAAGGAUAAGGUGUCUUAAAUAAAUUUUAAAUAAUCAAUAAUAUUUUGCAAGCUAUCCAUCUCAAGAAUACAAUCUAUUGCAGUCUAUACAUAAUUAUUUGAAAUGUCUACUGUUUUAGCAGUAUUUAAUUAAAAAGUCUUAAUUUCUGGGCGAAGGCCCCAGGUACAGGGACAUUUUUUGACAUUCGGAACCUUUGAUACUCCCCAUGAUGUGGGGCGUUUGCGAACAUUAGAACAAGAUCAAAGUCAAAUCCCCACCCUGGCCCGAGGUGGGGGGUCGGGGUUUACAUUGACUCAUACAAUUAAACCUCAUAUCAGAACUGAAAAUAAUUUCACUAACUGGCUGUAGAUGCCUGUUCCUCUGUAUAUUUUGCAAGCUCUUCUAGUUCCUGCCUUUUGGACGAAAUUUGAUAAUUCGGCCUGAUUUAAAUUUGCUUCCCAACAUUGAAUCUCCUUCCUCUGACUGAUCACUUCAGCUCGACUUGCCUUGAGAUUGUAUACAGGAGAAUUUACCCAGAAUUUGUGAGACUGCUUUUCAGAAUUACAUUUUCCUCUAUGAUUUGAAAUCUUGUUACACCUUUUACUUUUUCUGCAUGUAGAUAAUGGCUGUAAAUAUCAAUAUACAUUAUAAAUAAAUGAAAAUUAACGAUAUACUUCGAGACGAAGGAAUCCAAUAUGGCGAACGCAAAUUGCUAUAAAUAUGCAAAUGAAACACGAUUUCGAACGAAGUUUCUUACCUAUUUCCCGAGCUUGAUCCCAGUUUAAAUGAAACAAAAUAAGAUGAUUUCCAACUUUGAUUUUAGUUUUUCUUCCGAGAAUGAGAUUUAACAAAGUUAUCGCGAUUAUUCGACGAAAAUAUGUCGAAAUUUCCGGUUUUGUUGAAUUUACACGGAAUAUAUACACUACUAAGGCGGAGAAUAAACGUGAAAAUGUGUUUUUUUACUUUGCCUUUCCUAGGGGACCCUUCAUGGUAUUUUGUCGCAAUCGGUCGCCAUAGAAACACGAAAUUUGUCUUAAGGUAAGGUCAGUUAGACGGGCAUUUUAAACUUAUUUCGCAACAUAUUGGGAAAAUUGACAACAUAUAUCACUUUUGAGAGUGUAGUUUGUUCUAUUAAAAUAUUUAAAAAACAAUUUCACUGCGAAAAAAGCUUGAAAAGUUCAAAAUAAAACCUAGCUACUUCGCCACUCAUAUAAAUUGCGUGCGCCAUUGUUUACGUGUCACGUGAUCAACCAGUUGAUGCGGGAGGAAUUUGCAUAGCAACCGACCGCCGUGACUAAUACUUUCGUUUCUCCGGGUGUAAAUAGCCGUGCAGAAUUAGUACCUUCGCCUCGGGGAUAAUGGGCAUUAACCAAAUUUGAAAAUCGUUAUGCUCACCAAAUGUAAGGUACAGUACCACUCUAAGCUGUAUACACUAUACAGCAAAUGUAAAACAAUAACUGUCACAGUAUUUAGAUUGUCGUUUACACAAGUUAGCCCGCAAAAUAAGCCUGCUGUCUCUUUAACAUCUGCUAAUCGCGUGAUAAUCAACACUCCCUGAUUGUUCUUUUUGAGCACUCAUGUUCUCGCGAUACGCUCGCUUUCAACCUCGUCCCCAGGGUCUUCUUAAAGGCUGCGAAAAUCUCCAUGUAUGUAUGUAUGUAAAAAUUUAUUUAAAGACGCUAGCCUUGUCAACAAAGAGAGUUGAUUUCCACAAAGGGCGUCGACAUUUGAAACUUUACAAAAACUAUUUAUAAAAAAGACAAAUAUAAGUACAAAUACAUGCAAUAUAUAUAGUAAUUAAUUAGAAUGGUUUAAAAGGAAGUUGGUGGUUUGGUGUGAUUUGGCCAUAUAAAUAUGUCUGUAAUAAUCCAUAUAGAUUAAUAUUAGGUUAGUUACUUUGCCUUACAAUAUUUUUAAAAGAACAUAUUGAUAGGGCUUCCUUAGCUUCACCAGGAAGAUCAUUCCAUAGUUUAGCACCACUAUAUCGAAAACUCUUUUUCAGAAAGUCGCGUCUUGGCUUAGGAACGGUCAGAUCAUUCUGAGCAUUUCUGAGAUCGUAAGUCGUUUGCGAAAUAUUCCUUUUUAUCAAAAACUCUUUCAAGUUCGGCGAACUAUGGUCGUUUAGAAUUUUAUAAACAAGAGUUGCCUUAGUUAAUUUUCUUCUAGAUUCUAAAUUGUCCCAUUCAAGAGAUUGAAGAACGUCAGCAGACCUGAUCUCAUAACCAGCACCAGCUAUUUAUUUAUUUAUUUAUUUACUUUGCCAUCAUACUUAUACAUUCAUUGGCUGGGAAACCACAACAGCUAUUGCCAAUUACAGCGGCCCCAAUAGUUAUACAGAAACAAUUUACAAGGUAUACGAAACACACACAACAGACAAUACUUGAACAACAGUCAUUACAUUUGUCUAAAAGCAGCAUGUCAAUGGAGAGUUCAUUAAACUUCGAGCGGAAUUACAUUUUAUACACACACUUUUCCAUGUUCGGGGAUUCUCAACAUCGUAUGUAUUUUCUAAUGCUAAAAUAUAGCACUUAAAAAGAAGAUUCUUGAAUUCUGAAAAUGUUAGGUCUUUGGAUGUAAUAUAAUUGGGUAGUGUGUUCCAUAUUCCUGAUGUUCGGAUUUUGUAAGAUUUUUCAUAGGUUGACGUCUUGUAUGUCGGAAUUUUAUAUUUGUUCGAGUUGGGAUUAAAUGAUCUUGUCUGUCUUUGACCCUGAGAUUGAGGAAAUGGAAGAAUUUUUUUAUCAAUAUUAAAAAUGUCGUGAUUUGCCUUAUAGAAGAAUACUACAUCCAGGUAUUCGUGCCAGUAGCUGAGAGGAAGCAAACUGGUUGCAAGGAGUCGGUCUCUAUAUUCUGUAUCACAAAUAAAGGGAACAUUUAAAAUAUAUUUAGUUGCACGCCUCUGAACUCGUUCUACUCUUUUCACCAACUCAACUGUUUGGGGUGCCCAUACUUGGGUGGCAUAUCCUAAGUGUGAGCGAACCAGAGAAAGGUACAGUGUUCGUCGAAUUGCAAACUCGCGAAUAUUGAAAGUUGAUCUUCGAAUAUAACCCAGCAUUUUAUUAGCUUUGUUACUUUGUUGUGUAACUUGCUUUGACCAAGUGAGAUCAUAAUUCGUCCACACACCUAAAUCGAGUUCGCAAUCAGUCUUUUCUAGUAUGGUAUCUUGUAGUUGAUAAGGGAAAUCUAUUUUGUUGUGUUUCCUGGUGGCCAGGAGGGUUUUACAUUUUGAUGUGUUAAGAUGCAGACCAGCAUUGGAUGAGGAGGAAUUAAAGUUGAGAAGAUCAUUUUGUAAUAACAUUGCAUCGGUCCUGGAGUUAAUCACUUUAAAAAUCUUAGUGUCAUCAGCGAAAGCUGCUACGUUCGAAUUCACGAUGGAAGAGGAUAGAUCAUUGGUAUAUAAGAGGAAAAGUAGCGGGCCAAGAAUGGAACCUUGUGGUACUCCGGAUGUCACUGGUAGUGCUGUCGAUGUUGCACCGAGAACAGUAGUUUGUUGUUGGCGAUUUUUCAAGUAA